CUCUGCAUAUAUCGCCCCUGCUGGAGCUUCAGGAUUCCAGGGAAGAUCUGUGUUUCCUGCCAGGAUCUUUGCAACCAGUCACGAUGGUGACAGCAAUGCCUUUUCUGCUGGCCUUGCUGUGCCUUCUCAGUCCUGCAGCCUCCCAGGAGUCGAAAAAUCGUGUUGACUCUCUGAGAUAUUACUACGCGGGGAAAUCUGAGUUCAGUGAAGUCUUCCCCAGGCUUCAGGGCACUGGUUACAUCAAUGAUCGUCCCUUCUUCUACUAUGAUAGUACAAACCACAAAGCUGAGCCCUUGAAACCGUGGUGCGAAGCGGAAGGAAUGGUCAAUUGGGAAAAAGAGACCCAAUUUCAGAAGGAGAGGGAGAAUUUGUUCAUGGAGACCCUGGGUGACAUCCUGGACUACUACAAUGACAAUAACGGGUUUCAUGUCUUGCAGGAAGCAUUUGGUUGUGAGCUCCAGAAUAACAAAAGCAGUGGAGCAUUCUGGAAGCUCACCUAUGAUGGACGGAACUACCUCACAUUCAACACCACCAUCUCAGCCUGGGUCGCGUUAGACCCAGCAGCCCAGAACACUCAGGAGAAGUGGAAUGAAUAUGCGAACAACGCUAAGAAGUACUUGGAGGAGGAGUGCCCUGACACGCUGCGGAAGUACCUGUCCUACAACCCUAGUUCCCUGGACUGACAAGGGGGAAUAAACAAAAACCUACCCACUAUGAACACAUAGACUACAGGCCAAAUGGCACCAGAAACCUGGCGAUUGUUCCCUUCCAGAAUGGAAAUUUGAUUAUCGAAGGCCUUAAGCAAAUCUAGAAGACCCAUGAUAUAAUCAAGCCUGCUUGAAGCAAUCAUUGAACUGUUCAUGCCUCUGAGACCUCUACCCUUAAUUUUGCCCCUAAAAAUGCAUAUGGGGAACUUCCUGAGAAAACUGGACCUUCUCAGAGUGAGCUGUCCACUCUCUUUCCUUUGUGCAUGGCAAUAAAGCGGUACUUUUCUUCACUACA